AUGGCCACGUCACAGCAAAGCCUAGACCACCUAAUCCUCUUCGUCCCCGCCAACCCAACAACGCAACUGCCCGAAGUCCCUCCAUUCUUCUCGGACAACUUCACACUUACCCCAGGAGGCUUCCACGCUGACGGCGCGACAUCAAAUGUCUUGAUUCUCCUCGCAGACGGAUGCUACAUCGAACUCAUCUCCUUCGUCAACCCUUCCCUCGCGCCUGAGCAUUGGUGGGGCCCGGACGCCAACUUCGUAGGCUGGAAAGACUGGUGCUUGACCAACUCGCUUUCGCCCGAGAAGAACUACGAGGCGGGUGGGAGAAAGAGGGCCGAUGGAGUCGAUGUAGCCUGGGCUGUCACCUUUCCCAAGGGAGAGAAAGGUGGACAGAGUGUUAGGGGCAGGGUGCCAUUCUUCUGCCACGAUACUACUCCUCGGGGUGUCCGCGUUCCAAUCGACGAUCCGAAGACGACUCAUCCAUGCUGCGCGAUUGGGGUCAGCCGACUUACUAUCAUCGUGCGCGACCAGGCCCUGCUAGAUGAGACUAGAAAAAUCUACGACGCCGUCAUCGGUAGUACUGGAGAGAAGUUUGAUGGAGGAUUUGAAUUCAGGAUCAAGCGCGUGCAUGAAGUGGAGACUCGUGACACCGGUGCGAAGAUUAUACUGCGCUUGCCAAAGAACGAGGAGGAGCAGGAACGCGUUAAAGAUAGGGGAUUCUGGUAUGGCGACGUAGUCCUAAUAACAAACGCAAAGGCCGGAAAGUUUGGAGGCUCCGCGGAGAGGCUGGAUAGUGGAGAAAGAGGUGGCGGGGUUGGCGGGGUGUGGCUCGAGCAUGCCUGA